GGACCUUGCGCCUCUUUGCUGCCUUCCCCCCACUUACACUCGCAGUCCUCGAGUGCAGCCAUGAGCUCCUACUCCGCGCUCCUCUGCCUCCUCCUCUUCUUCUUCUUUUUGUGCGUGGGAUUUAUCGGAUGUAAACCCUCGUCGUCUUGUCCGAACGGGCAGUUUCUGCUUAAAAACCAGUGCCUCCUGUGUCACCCCACCUGCUCCGAGUGCGACGGACACGAGCUGUUUGACUGCACUACCUGUGGAGUUUAUGAAGACGGACAGGAGCGUUUCCUGUACCAAGGUCGCUGUCGGACGCACUGCCCCAGGGGAUUCUACCCUGACAGGGGUCACUAUGCCUGCUUGCCCUGCAUCGCCAAUUGUGAACUCUGCACAGAUGGCAAUUUGUGCGCAAAAUGCCGGGAACACUACAGACUUCAGAAUGGGGUCUGCCAACCAGCGUCGUGUGACAUAGGGCAGAUGCUGGACCCCGAUACGGGAGAGUGCAUCGACUGUGAAAUAGGCUGCAAAACAUGUUCUACAGACCCUGAGAUGUGCGGCAGCUGCGUUCAAGGUUACUUUCUUUUCAGACAGAAAUGCCGCAGACACUGCCCUCAGAGCACCUACGAGGACCGCGUCGGUGGAGUAUGUUUGUCCUGUCCAGCACCAUGUGAGGACUGCAGCACCAACACCCGCUGCCUCGCCUGCCAGCCGGGUUACUUCCUUACUGGAGGGGAGUGUAUAAAACAGUGUCCUCCGCAAACCUUCAGUGACUCCAGUGGGUGGCGCUGUCAGCCUUGCCACAGCUCCUGCCAGACCUGCCAUGGGCCUCAUUCAACAGACUGUGACCUCUGUCUGAGUGGGAAUGUGCCCCUGCAUGGCCAGUGCCCUCAGGUUAACUGCCCGCUUGGUCAGUACUUUGAUGGGAAAUUUGGUGGAUGCCGCUCAUGCGACACAUCCUGCAAGACCUGUUUUGGCCCACAGGCUCUGGAUUGUUCCUCCUGUUUCCAAGGAUAUUUCUUGGACCUGGAAAGUUCCUGUGUGGAGCAGUGUCCAUCCGGCUCUUAUGCAAACCCGGCCACCCGGCUGUGCGAAGACUGCUCGCCAAACUGCGAGGACUGCGUGGACACCAGCGAUAAUUGCAUCAGCUGCCCCAAAGGCGGCAAACAACUUUUUCUGCACCAAGGCCGGUGUUGGUCGAAUUGCCCAGAGGGCUCCUUUGAGACUCCAGACGGCUCAUGUGAGGCCUGCGAUAGCUCCUGUCUGACCUGCGAUGAGAACAAGUCUCAGUGUCUCUCCUGCCCUGAUGGCCACUACUUGGAGAGCGGCACAUGCCGACUGAACUGUUCCCUGCGAGCGUACCCAGCAGACGAUGGGACCUGCAGACGCUGUCCUCCCCACUGUGAUGUUUGCUCUGACGACAGAACCUGUUUCAAAUGUACGUUCCUCUACUUGAUGCUGAACGGUGUGUGCAAGGCCAGCUGUCCCAUGGGUUACUACGAGGACAUGGAGGAGGGCGUCUGCGCUCAGUGCCACCCUACCUGCGGCAGCUGCUCUGGACCGUUGGAGGACGACUGUGAGACUUGCUCAACCUUUAGUCCCAGGCUCUAUAAGGGUUCAUGUGUCAAAGACUGCCCCAUUGGUACCUACUAUGAGACGGCAGCGAUGGAGUGUCAGGAGUGCCACCAGACUUGCAUUAGCUGCAGCGGGCCGGACCCAAACCAAUGCACCCAGUGCGAGAGGGGACUUGUGUUGGAUCCCAACACUUUACAGUGUGGCGUCACAGGAGACGGGACCUGCCCGACGAGAACGUACCUGCACGACAACCAGUUCACCUGCAUGGGUUGCCAUCAGCACUGUUAUUCAUGUCAGGGCCCCGGCAGCGAUGAGUGUCUGACCUGUGCCGUCCCCAGAUACCUUCACAACAGCACCUGUGUGGAUGAAUGUCCUGCUGGUACAUACUCCACAAGGCAGGAAGCUGAUGGACAGGAGUUGGGAUUCUGUUUGCCCUGUGACCAUGUUUGCUCCACCUGCACCGGGGCAUCGCCGCGAGACUGCCUGACCUGUUCUGUGGGAUACCUGCGGCUCUUCCAGCUCUGCGUAAUCCACUGUCCCACGGGCUAUUACAAAGAGGGUUCUCGCUGCCAGAAAUGUGACCCAUCAUGUGAGCUGUGUACUGGACCAGGGCCAGAGUCCUGCAGGGCCUGUCUCCCUCCUCUCCUGGAUCUGCAAGGCACCAAGCUCUGUGUCGAACGCUGCCCACACCGCUUCUAUCAGGUCAAUGAAAUCUGCAAACAGUGCCAUACCAGCUGUCAGACGUGCACAGACUCCUCGCCUCAAGGCUGCCUGACGUGCGACUGGGGCAGCAUUCUGAAGGACAAAGUGUGCUACCCACGCUGUGAGGAGGGGCGAUACUUUUCGGAAAUGGAAACCUGUGAGCCUUGUGACAGCUCCUGCAGGCACUGCGUCGGCCCCAGACCUGACCAGUGUCUGACCUGUCACAGAGACUUUGCCCUCCAUGCUGUAGAGAACCGCUGCUCCCGCUGCUGUCCGGCUACAGGGAAUCAAACCAACUGCUGUGUUUGUGACACUCGCUCAGCCCUGUGUGCGGACGCUCCAAAGCCCAGGUCUGGAGACAGUAAGGAGGCAGACACAAGCAUGUCUUCGCGAGCUUUGAAGCACACCUCUGCUGCCUUGCCCGUUGCCCUGCUGCUGGCGGCAGGUCUGGCCCUGGCUGUGUUUGCCUUGGUAAAGGCCCAUGCCAGGAGGAGGCUUUGCUGGAACCAGAGCUACGAGAGACUAAGCGGGAGCGGCAGCAUCAACAUGCCCCACGGCGUGCCCGAGCCUGACAGCGGUGAUGAGGUAGAUGUGGUUUACACCAGCAGAGGCGGUUCGGUUUACAGACGCUACAGCUUCAUCCUUGAGCAGGACGCAGAUCCAGACCAAGAUGUCAUUGUCGGCCAGUCUUAGGGUUAUUGAAUGAGUUUCACUGUAAAUUUGGGUUAAACAAUUAACUUAGCUUAUGUUUAGAUAGACGUGGACAUAUUUACAGAUGUUUACAUACAAUCAUUGUGUUCAUUUGGGGCUUUUAAUGAUUUAUUUGAACUGUUAAGUUUUUAUGUACAUUUUUUUUUAAAGUAAGAACCGUAUGCACAAGUUUGAAUUCCUGGUCAAAUAUCUCCACUCCACACAGGUUCAGAAGUGAUCAUAAUAGACCAAAUAUGCUCUGAUACGCCCACAAAUAUUUGCAAAAUGCCUCGUUAAGUUGCAAGUUGCAGACAAACUGUUUUUUGGUCUAAUACCAGAUGGAUAUUUGACUGCUCUACUCUUCGGAAAAUGCAGAGUUCAUUUUAACUAGCUUUUUUCCCCACUUUAGGGCACCAGACAAAUCAGAGUUAUACAAAAGCUUAAUGUUAGUAUAGCCACUGCAGGCUGUGGUAGUUUUUUGUAUAUUUUCAUGCUGCCAUCCAGCUGUCCACGGCAAGAAUUUCACAGGGAAAUCUGUAUUAUGACUGCAAAUCAUACAUAACACUACCUAUUAAUUCUUUGUGCAAAACUGGAGUCCUGUUAACUGAUCAUAACUGACAAAGAUUCAGCUUAUGCAACAAGAACCGGCAACAUAUAUCCAGAACACACUGAACACAGCACAACUAGCGAAAAAGCAAUACCCUUUAUUUUAAUCAUUUAGCAUACAAUGUAAUUAUGAACAAACAUUGCACAGACGUACAGACGAACAUCGAUGAUUGGCCUCAGGCCUUCAAUCAAACUUUUAAUUUUCUCUAGAGUCCAUUUAGGCUUUGAGAAAGGAAUAAGUAAAGCAGCUUCUAGCGGUUGGAGCUGUUUCACUUUGGGACAAAUUGCGAUUGCUGAUUGGUCAGUUACCGACAAGCCUCCAGGAUUGAUUGGCAGGCAGUGUCACGUCAAUUCAUUACACCAUCCCCCAGCAUACUACAAAAAUGGCCGAACAGGGUGGAGUGGAAGGCUCUGCAACCUGGAGGGGUGUGGGGGUGUGAAAGGCCUCCUUUGCAUUUAAAGAGACCACACCAAAAUAAGUUGGUCUCAGACGCACCUCAGAACUGGGGCAAAAGAGGGCUGUGGAGCUACAAUAACGAGGAAUUCAGACCAAAGCAUUGCUGUUCCACUUUAUAUUGACCAUAACUGAAUGAUUUAAAUGUGACAAGCAAGGCAUUAAAAAGCAUAUGUCCCCUUUAAAACUAGUUAAUAUCUUUAAUUCUUAAAACGUGUAUCAAAACGACCUACACUGUCCGGAGUACAGAGAAGACAAAUAAAUAAAAGAAGAGGGCAAAAAAAUGGGAGAAAGACUUAAAAUAAAGAUUCAGCAAUGAAACAACACAUCGGUUUUACUGUGUCAGUUAUCUAGUACAGUGAAGUUGAUAACUUGCUGCUUAGCCUCAACAUAGUAUGGUAUGCUAAUCAGUGAAUAACCACUUUUAUGGGGGUAUUAACUGUUAUGGAUUGUUUGUAAAGACAAAAACCUUUUCUACAUUGGCCAAAUAUAAGAUAAGAUAAGAUAUACUUUAUUGUCCCUUACGGGAAGAUGAUGCAUGACAGACCAAAGAAAACAAGAGAAAACCACGUCGCAAUACAGACGGAUAAAAAUGGAAUAAGACAGCAGUACUAAAAUAUGGCGAGACAUAGGACAACAAAACGGCUUGAAAAUAAAUAGGUAAGAACUAUUGCAUGUCGCAGAGCAACACAAGUUCAUAAAUACUGCAACCGCAAUGACAAGUAUUAAAAAGCCAAAAUAUAUAAGUUAAUAUAAAAGGUAGCUAAAUUGUUGUAAUAGGGGAAACACCAAUAUAAAAUAAGUAAAAAAUAAAUAAAUAAAAAAACUAGCCCUUGCUGUCCUAACUAUAUUUGUGAGUCUAGAUGUAGACUUCACAGCAAGUGAGAUUAACCAAGCGCACAUGCCAUAUCUAAUUAUACUGCCCACACCAACAUUAUAAAAAUCAGCAUGAUCUUAGAUUGGACUCCAAACAGCCCAGGUCUGCGUAAAUAAAUGCAGCCUUUGGGCGAGUUUGGAGCAUAAUUAGUGAAUAUGAACGCUCCAGAGCAAAGUGUUGCACAUAAUGAAGCCAAGUUAUUUAAAGAUGUGCCCCUGUUCAAUGUUAAUUUAGUCAAUUAUCACAUGGUGAUGGGCUCUGAAUCCCUCUAGGUUCAAAGCUAAUUUCUUUUGUCUUACUGGUGUUCAGCAGAAGGUGGUGAUUAUCACACCAGGUUUUGAAAGUUGCAGUCUCUCUGUGAUGCACUAAAGGGCAAUCAUCAAUGUGUAGCGGGCUAAAAAUAGUGAUAUAGUCUGAGAAUCUGAUGACAUUCAUUAGUGUAGAAGGUAAAAAGUGAAGGAGAGCUGAAACAGCCUUGGCACGCCUGUGCUGCGGUAUUUUACCACAGAUAAGGAGUUAAUUACCCUCACCUGUUGGGACCUGUUUUUUUUUUUUUUUUUUAAACGAGUAAAACCAUUUAAUUGUAAGAACACCAAUAUUAAUCAGUGUUUUGAAAAGCAGGUUAGGCUGAAAGGUAUUAAAAGCUGAACUGAAAUCUCCAAAGAAAAACAUGUGCAUUGGGCCCAGUUGUUUGUUUUGUUGCAGUUCAAAUUAUGUAAUGCAUGUUUAUUGUUUUAAACUUUACAUCAGUGGUAAAGUACACAUUAGUAUUAUUAAUUAUCAUAAAAUACUAAUAAAAUUACUUAGCAUCCCCACAUGCUAUAUUAGUCUACAGUUUACUUCUUAUUUGUACCUGUUAAUCAACGUCUAACUCACAAUUGGUCAAAGACUUUUAUUUUUUUUAUUUAGGUUAGGUUCUUUCUUCUGCUCAGGAGCUUGAACCAUGGUGGUUCCUGAGCAUCUUAAAAAAAAGAGCUUGGUUUAUGUGAAGCUUUGGGUCUGGGUGUUCCAACACAGCAACACUGUAACAUAUAUAACUAGUUUUGUAAUGAAUAUAUAAGACUGCCAUUACAUUUCUCAAUCCUUCCCUGACCUUAAGCCAAUUUAAAGUAAUAUAAUAUGCCUUAAAACCUGGCACAUGACAGGAAACUAAUCAGUUUAAAUUAGAUUUAACCAAUGCUUUG